GGGCACCCGCCGUGUAAAUUUUUUUUGUAUCAUAGCGUGCCAAUGACCAAAUCCCCAACUGUUUCUAGGGCUCAUAGAGAUAUACGGGCGAGAGGGGGAUUCCAGAACUCAUUUCAAUUUCUUCUCUAAUGGCUUCGGUGAAGAAUUUCUACAACCAGGUAAAGGGUUUGAAGGUGAAGGAAUUGCCGGCACACGUCAAGCCUAUGCUGUCGAUUGAUUACUUGAAAAAUUCCGUGAAGCGGGGUCUGGAUAAUUACCAUGCGAAGUACAUUCAGACCAGUUCGGUCGACCCGCUUUAUCAUGUCUGCUUUGGCGGGAUGAUUUUCUCUUACCUCGUUGCUCUCCCCGAGGAGCGUCGCCACCUUGAACACCAGCAGCACGCCAAGGAACACGGUGGCCAUUGACUUGGUGUAUUUUUUAGCUUCAGCGGAGUCUAUUUUCUUUGCAACUGCCUCUCAGGGAAGUCAUCAAGUGAGCGAUAUCAUAAAGCAUGAGUUUUUUAAGCUGAUUUUCAUGUACCCUUUGAAUUCUAAAUAUAAAUGUGGGUCUUAAAUGGUGAAUAAAUUUGUGGAAUCUUUUACCAUUAUAGUGUACCUUUUUCCGACUUCGUACUCUCAUCUGGCGUCGCUUUAUGCUUA